GAACGCACCGUCUUCGAGGCCGAGCUGGUCGGUGCCAGUCUGGCUGUCGACAUCAUCGCUAGUACGAAGCGGCUGACAAAAGCAGCUAUUCUCCUGGACUCGCAAGCCGCUAUACAAGCCUUGAGGGGCUCCGGCACCAAGGCGGGACAACAGCUUGUCUACGAAUUCUGGGAGCGCAUACACCGAUUGCGCGCUGCCCGACGCACACUCUCUCUUACCGUCGCCUGGGUACCCGGUCAUGUUGGAGUUGAAGGCAACGAACGGGUGGACGCAGAAGCAAAAGCCGCUGCUGAGGGUCGGGGAGGCACUCCACUGCACGACAAGCGCGGCUUGCUUGAUGGGCCCCUCCCAGUCAGCAGAUCGGCGAUUAUCGCGGCAGAGAGAACGCGCGUGCAGCAGAUGUGGCACACUCGU